AUGUCUGCGCUCCUCCGACGAACAGGGCUCUCAAUUGUUCACUCGACAUCUCAAAAAUUCCCCAAUAGCCCCACCUGGGGUUUGGGCGGGGAUCUCCAUCCAAUCGGACUCGCCAGUCAUUUUGCGGGGACGAAACGCCCAGCAUCCAUCCAGCAGGACAUAGGUAGCUAUCGGUCUGCACCCGGAUACCAUCCUCCUACCCUCCGACUCUCGAACCAAACUGCAAUCAGGCCAUACUCUCUUCUCUUCCAUUUUACGAACAAACACAUCCCGUACAACGACCAAUCCGAUUCCGAUUGUGUUGCUGUCAUGGAAUCUUCCGCAAAGCGGGACUUGCUCGGUCGAACCGAUUUGGUGCAUAAGACAGUGGAGGCACCUCUACGUGGCCUCCUGAACUCUGGACCAGGUCACGGUAUGUCCCGGGCUGCUGCCUCCUCUAGUUUAUUCUUCUUCGUUGCCUACCGAUUCCAUUUUACGUCGGCAUUCAUUGGGAUGGCGUCACCCCUGGACCGCAAAUAUCACGUGCGGCUCUGUUUCAAUCCCUGCCCAGCUUCCGCUUUCCGCGCGAUGCCUGUCAAGGCCUGUCACCUCAAGGCCUGUCUCACCUGUCUUAGCACUCUGCGCUACCAAGAUCGAGGGCUGAAUCCCAAGGGUUAG